AUGUGACCCCAACCCCGCCUCCCUCCACACCCCAUGAUGUCAGAAAAAACACGACAGGGAAAAUUCACCGCAGCCAAGAAAAAGUUAAAAGAAUAUUGGCAGAGGAAGGGCCCUGGCGUUCCAGCAGGAGCUAACAGGAAAAAGAAAAUCAAUGGCAGUAACCCUGACACCGCGGCUUCUGGUGGUUACUGCUCACCUGUGGAUUCAGCAACAGGUGUCUACGGGGAGGGCCCUGUGUCAUCUACUAACCUGAAAGAUCUGCAGAGCCAGUACCAAGAACUAGCAGGAGCCCCGGACUCAAGCUCCGCAAUAAUCAGUCAACCCAGUGAAAACAUCCAUUCACUGGGAAGAGUUCGCACAUUGAAGGAGGAGAAGAAGCGUGAGAUACAUCGGGUACAGAAGCUUGGGAGGAGCUUGUUCAAACUCAAACACCAGAGGGCUGAACCCCGGGCCCCAGAUUCCCCAGGAGGGCCCUCUGAGGUGGAGCAGCUACAAGAUGAGACCAAACACCUAAGGAAGGAGCUGGAGAGUCUGGGAAGACAGCUCCAGGCCGAGGUGGAAAACAAUCAGAUGUUGAGUCUCCUGAACAGGAGACAGGAGGAAGAGCAGGAGAGGACAUGGCAGGAGGAUACGUGAGCAGGAGAGAGGAUAUGGCAGGAGAGGAUACGUGAGAGGAGGAUACAGGAGGAGAGGAUACGUGAGGAGGAGGAUAGGCUACAUGAGCAGGAGAGGAUAUUGAGGAGGAGAUACAUGACAGGAGAAUACAUGAGCAGAAAGAUACAUGAGCAGGAUGAGAGGAUACGGGAGCAGGAGUGGCUGCCAGAGCAGGAGAGGCUGCUGGAGGAGGUGAAAAAGCUGUUGGAACAGGAGAGAUGGGAGGAGGAGGAGGAGAAGCUGCUAGAGCAUGAGAGGCUGCUGAACCAGGUAGAGAAGCUGCUGGAAGAGGAGAGGCUGCGGGAGCAGGAUGAGAGGCUGCGGGAGGAGGAGAGGCUUCCAGAGCAGGAGAGGCUGUUGGAGCAGGUGGAGAAGCUAUUGGAACAGGAGAGGUGGCAGGAGGAACAGGAGAGGCUGCUGGACCAGGGGAGGCUGCUGGACCAGGUGGAGGAACUGUUGGAACAGGAGAGGUUGCGGGAGCAGGAUGAGAGACUGCGGGAGCAGGAGAGGCUGCUGGAGCAGGUGGAGAAGCUUUUGGAACGGGACAGGCAACAGGAGGAGCAGAAGAGGCUGCUGGAGGAGGAGCAGCUGCUGGACCAAGUGGAGGAGCUGCUGGAACAGGAGAGGCUGCGGGAGCAGGAUCAGAGGCUGUGGGAGCAGGAGACACUGCGGGAGCUGGAGAGGCUGCGGGAGCUGGAGAGGAUGCUGGAGCUGGGGUGGGAAGCCCUCUACGAGCAGCAGGCGGAGCCACACAGUAGCUUCGAGGAGCGGAACAAUGAGAACAAGAGCGCACUGCAGUUAGAGCCUCAAGUAAAGGAGCUGAAGACGCUGGGCGAGCUGAAAGACACGGUAACCUCUGACCCAUCCAAGAAGGGCUGGGAGGCGGGCACCAGCCUCUGGGGAAGGGAGGCGCCAGGCCAGAGGCAGCUGCAACCUGGGGGCAGGUGACCCCAGCACUCUCCAGGGCAGUCCUAUUAUGUUUCUUGCAUCUUUCCCUCUGACUUUUAGAGGUGGGGAGCCCUGGGCUCCCCCCAGGUCUGGAUAUCAUCAUCCCAGCUAGAGCCAUGGAGCCCCCCAGUCACAGGGGAAGAGACAGUGGUAUAAGAGGCUCCUUAUGUUGGGUGUGGUGGCUGACGCCUGUAGUCCCACCACUUUGGGAGUCUGAGGCAGGAGAAUCACUUGAGGUCAGGAGUUUGAGA